ACUUUUCACGUUUAUUGUAUAAGAACCUUUUUCCUUCCCAUGGUUCCUCUCUUUCUCUUCUGUUCAUUAAGAAUAGGUUAAAUUUUUGGCUCUUUUAUUCCAAACCCAAUUCCUACUACAACUUUGGAGUUUUUUUACUCAGUUAACUAAUCUGGGUUUCUUUCAAAAUUCACAAAUUCAUUCGUUUUUCUAUGGUUUUUUUUUUUUGUUAAUGAACCGAUCUGCGUCAUCUCCAAAAUCACUGAUUUUCAAUACCCAGAUUUCCUUUUCAAACUCUCUUUGAAAAUUUCAGUUCCGUUGCCCUUUAAAAACAAUGACGAGUACGGUUUUUUUAUCAAGUUCGUUGGGGUUAUUUACUUCAGCGACGUCAAGUAAAAAUUGCGAUUUGGGUACGAAAAGAAGCAAAUGUUGUUGGUUUAAUAAGAAGAGGAAGGAGCAAAGAAAUGUUAUUUGUGCUUGUAUGGCACCUCCUAGGAACUUGGGGCGUGAUGGAUUCUCUGGAAGCAAAUUGACUGAAUCAUCUAAAUCUGAGACUUUGAGCAAGGAAGUGAAGAAUGAGAACGACUCUGAUGUUCUCAUUGAAUGUCGAAACGUGUACAAGUCAUUUGGAGAAAAGAAUAUCUUGCAAGGUGUGAGCUUCAAGAUUAGGCAUGGUGAAGCUGUUGGAAUUAUUGGUCCUUCUGGAACUGGGAAAUCUACAAUUCUGAAGAUUAUUGCUGGACUUCUUGCUCCGGACAAGGGAGAGGUUUAUGUUCGAGGCAGAAAAAGAUCAGGUUUAAUCAGUGAUGAUGAGAUAUCUGGUCUUCGAAUUGGACUGGUUUUUCAGAGUGCAGCACUUUUUGAUUCUUUGACUGUUCGUGAAAAUGUUGGUUUCCUUUUAUAUGAACAUUCAAGCAUGCCUGACGAACAAAUCUCAAAGCUUGUGGCAGAGAACUUGGCUGCUGUUGGUUUGAAGGGAGUUGAGGACAGGUUACCUUCUGAGUUGUCUGGAGGAAUGAAGAAAAGAGUUGCUUUAGCUCGUUCCAUAAUUUAUGAUAUCACCAAAGAAUCAGUUGAGCCCGAGGUGCUUUUAUAUGAUGAACCGACAGCUGGGCUUGAUCCAAUUGCAUCGACUGUGGUUGAAGAUCUUAUCCGCUCUGUCCAUACGAAGGGUGAGGAUGCGCUGGGAAAACCUGGAAAGAUUGCAUCUUACGUGGUUGUUACUCAUCAACAUAGUACCAUUAGAAGAGCUGUUGACAGGUUAUUGUUUCUUCAUGAGGGGAAAGUUGUCUGGCAAGGAAUGACUGAUGAAUUCACAACGUCAACUAAUCCAAUUGUUCGACAGUUUGCAUCUGGUAAUCUGGAUGGUCCAAUCAGAUAUUAGAGCUCAUACAAAGGUUUUUGGAGAUUGAAUAUGGUCAUUGACUUUCUGCUGCUAUUGAAGUUGCUAGAUAGGGAUCCUCAGGAAAAUAAGUCAAAUGGCACAUAAAAAUUUUGGCUUCGACAAGAAAUCUUGGGCUGUUAUAUACAAUUGUUGACCUCAAGGAGAAAUUUUGGCUUUGUUUUUACAUUUUGCAGGUCAACCUUGAUUUAUAAGUGCCCCCUUCGACAAUGUUGUUGUAGAUCAGGAUAGAUCUAACCAUCAAACUUACAAUUAUUCUUUUUGUUUCUUUUGUUUUCCCCAAAGAUUUACCAUGUAAUUCUCCCUUUAAGAGUCUUGGGUAGUGAGGGUUGCUUGGUUACAGGUUUAGCUCUAAAAUUGAAAAAUUGGCCCUUUAUGUUGAGCCCUAUUGGCUAUUGACUAUUGCAGGAAAAGAAAGCCGAUUUGUGAAAGCUGUUGUGUCACCUUUUUGCCCUUUAUUAAAGGCUAUAUUUCAUUUGCAUGUAAAUGUUAUUUAA